AUGAGGGACCCAAAUGGAAUCGCUACAGCAGGCCCAAGUUUCAGAAGCAGGCAACUUCUCUGGGUGUUUGAGAUGAGCAAGAUCAUUCCCCUGACAAAAGAGAUUGAGAUCAUCAGGCUGAAUGUCAGACUCCUGCUGAGCAGAACUGGAUCAAAAAACAGUCAAAGGUCUCAGCCAGAACACCUUCCUGCAGACAAUAUCUCCUCAUUUAUCAUACAAGGCGAUCCAUGCAUGCUUUUUUCCUCAGCGGAUAUUCUUCAGUUUGCAAAUGAGGAUGUCAACAAGCUUGACUGUAGGAUCAGCCCUUACUUUACAGCAGACACUCAGAUCAUCUGGUCUGGGAAAGAAAUCAGAGCCAGCAGUUCAGGCUCCUGGUUUACGUGCACCAUAAAACACAGAGCUAGAAAAUACUCAACUACAGCCUUCCUCAUUGGAUCCAGCAAGCAGGUGGAACGCGUGGCUCGCCGGGCUGAGAUGGUCCUGGAGGAAAUCCUGAAGGGAAACGCUUCUCUGGCGCUCGGAGAUGCGGAGGUGAGAGAGGAAGGAACCUACUCAUGCUUGGUGUCAGUGGCUUCUCUCACUGGGGAACAGUCAAUCCAGCUGCAAAUAGAAGAAAAACCCACUGUGACUGUUAACAUCACCUCUCUGUCACUGGUGGAAGGAGAGCAGCACAAGCUGGUCUGCAACAUCAGGCACUACUACCCACACAACACCCAGGCCCAGUGGCUCCAGGAGCCAAAGGACACUUGGAAGGUCCCUGAUGUCAUGAAGAACGUUCUCUCGGGUGGUGACCAGCAGAGCAGCAAUGGCACCUACAGCUCCUCCAGGUGCUUCCUGCUCACAGCGUCCCUGAAGGACGGUGGCCAUAAGUACACGUGCUGGGUAGACCACCCAAGCCUGCAGUCCCCCAUCAGAAGAAGCAUGACCGUGGAGGUGAGAGGUACACCGCUCACCUGGGGACAUUGUCCCCUGCACCCUUGA